AUGCAAAAUUCUCCCGAGCGGGUUGUCUCGGAUUUAGGCAUAGUUGAUGUGGCCCGUUACUUGGAAAAAGAUCUCAGAGGAGAAUCUCUCUUCCAUUCAAGUAAGGCGCAGUUGGGUCCGUUUCGGGCGGUCUUUGGCGGGAGCGGGAGAAGGAUGGCCGCAGGAUCCGCACCCGGCCCCGGCCCCGGCCCCGGGAGCGGCGGCGGCGGCGGCUGGGCCCACACCCGCACGGCCCUGCGCCGCCUGGAGAGCCGCCUCGCCUGCUCGCGCUGCCACAAAAUACUGAGGGAGCCUGUGUGCCUGGGAGGAUGUGAACAUAUCUUCUGUAGUGCCUGUGUAGUUGACUGCAUCGGUGCUGAGUGUCCCGUGUGUCACACGCCAACCUGGAUACAGGAUGUGCAGAUAAAUAGGCAAUUAGCCAAUACGAUCCAACUUUUCAGCAAGCUCCAAUCUCUGCUGAACAACAUUGAGCCUGCAGAAGAAAACACAUCUGGCCCCAGAAGCCCAGAGCAGGAAGAAGGCACCAAGAAGAAAUCAAUAAAAAUGUGGUUUAGUCCUCGGAGCAAGAAAGUUAGAUAUGUUCUGAACAAAACUUCAGUGCCCAAGCAGCCUCAGCCAUCCCUUAGUGUCGGGAGAGUUGACAAAGACACGGCAGACUCUUAUGAAUUUAUCUGUUCGCCACCUCUGAAAACUUCUUCUAAGAAAGUGACAAAGAGAACUCCCAGAUCCAAAAAGAAGCAAGAAAAGAAAAGCUUAGCAGAAGUCAAUGAAGCAUGGACCUUGGAGAUGAACAAUUCCAAAGAAGGCAAUGAGACUAUGCAAGAGACUCAGGAAGAAUUUAAGGAGAAGACCGUAUCAUUUUGCAGUCCGCCGUUUGUCAUUUGUAGCCCAGAAUUAAGUCAUAAUGUAGAAGCACUGGGAGCUGUAACAGAGGCUGACACUAUUGAAAGUGGAAGUGAGGUUGCUUUACCCUUAUUGGAUGUUGAAAUGGAUCCCUCAGAGCAAUAUAGGAGAAAGGAGAUCAUGUCUCCAGUUGAGAAGCUUGAUAAUAGUUGCAUGUCUGAGGACUCCCUGCCUCAAAGAAAUGAAAUUACUCCAGGUAAACGAGAGAGGCAGCUGCACAGUUCUGUCACCACUCCCAUACCUAAACGACUGAAAAAAAACAAACAAAACCCUGAUAGAGAUUCUUUCAGCCAAGAUGUGUGUGCAGAGAAUCUACCAUCUCGUGUACCUAAAACUAAAGUGCAUUCCUCCUCUCCUCCUCCUCCUCAACUUGCCACUGGUGACCUGUCACCCAAGUCCAGAAUCGACAGUGUAUUAAGUGAAUUCAGCGGCUCUCCGCUUUCAAGAACUCCGUGUUCUCCUUCACCAUCAUCAUUUACUUCUUGUCAUCCCAGCAUAGGAUCCAGCCCUUAUGGGAUAAAGAUGUCUCCCAAUAGCAUCACAAAUGUCAAGAGAAAUCAUAAAGGAGAAACUUUGCUGCAUAUUGCUUCGAUAAAGGGUGACAUCUCUUCUGUUGAAAAUCUAUUAGAAAAUGGCACUGACCCAAAUGUUAAAGACCACGCUGGGUGGACACCAUUGCAUGAGGCCUGUAAUCAUGGACAUAAAAAGGUGGUGGAAUUGUUGCUGCAGCAUAAUGCUUUGGUGAACACUACUGGUUACCAGAAUGACUCACCGCUUCAUGAUGCUGUCAAGAAUGGACAUGUGAGCAUUGUCAAACUUUUACUGACCCAUGGAGCCUCCCGGGAUGUUGUUAAUAUAUUCGGUCGGCGGCCUGUGGAUUAUGCAGAAACUGAAAAUAUGAAAUCAGUAUUACAGCUACCAAAGCAGAAUGAGUCAUCCUCAACUAGCAAGUCUUCUACCGUGAGCCCUAGCCAGCGUAAAAACUACCCUCUUGUUUUGAUGGGCAGUGGCCUCACUUCCAGUCAACAGGAAUUGCUAAACGACCUUGCGGUGAUUCUUAAGGCUAAGAGAUGUGUUGAGUUUAACAGUUCAGUAAGUCACAUUAUCGUUCCUGGUGACACAGUCCAGCGAACCAUUAAAUGUAUGCUUGGUAUUCUCAGUGGAUGCUGGAUCCUGAAAUUUGAGUGGGUGAAAGCAUGCUUAGAAAGCAGAAUUUGUGAACAAGAGGAAUCAUUUGAAAUUUCCGAUGGCCCACAGAGAAGUAGACUCAAUCGAGAACAACUGUUGCCAAAACUGUUUGAUGGCUGCUACUUUUAUUUUCUGGGGACUUUUCACCACCCUCCAAAGGAAAACCUCAUAGAGCUGGUUAGAGCAGCUGGAGGCCAGAUCCUCAACCGUCAACCCAAGCCAGACAGCGACGUGACUCAGACCAUCAAUACUGUCGCCUACCAUGCGGAACCCAAUUCUGACCAGCAGUUCUGUACACAGUACAUCAUUUAUGAUGUGUUCUCUAAGUAUCGCCCAGAAAAAAUUCGUCAGGGAAAGGUCUGGACGGCCACCUCCAGCUGGUUUCUAGACUGCUUGCUGUCCUUCCAACUGCUUCCUGUUCCUAAUUGAAUUUCACUGGAGGAGCAGGGCUUCCACAUCAGUCUUGGACACAGCCGUCAUGACAGAGCUGUAAGCCGGAGCUGUUGGUCUUCAUUUGCGUUUUUACAAAUGGGUGGGAUUUUAUAUUUUUCCCCUCAUGAGCUUUGUAGCCUUAAUCUCAGUGUCAGGGCAACUGCUGGCACUCAAUCCAGGUUUUCCAUUUGGAGAUAGCAACUGUAGGGGAGGGAUAUUUCUAACAAAGAAAUUCUAAUAAUUUGGUGCAUUUGUAAGAUUCUUCUAAGUUAUGAAUGAAUAAAAGUGCUGUUACAUCAA